CUUAUGUGGAUAACUGAUUGGGCAUUAAAGUAUUGUUACAGCUAUUUAGUAAAUAAUAAAUACAUAAAUGAUUGUUUCGGCAGAUGAUUAGGGUGAUAUUAAAUUGUGGGAUUUAAGAACUUUUAGCUGCUUGUAAAGUAUUUAGUUAAAACAAAAAUAAAUAUAAAUACGAUUAUCUAUAUUCAGAAUUAUAGAAAGUUGUGUUUUUUAACGUCAAGAAUUUCUAUUAUUGAUUUUUAAGAAAAGCAAAAGUAUUCCGAAAAUAAAAUUUAAAAAUAAUUAAUUGAAGCUUCUUAUGAAUUUCCAAUUUAAGUAUUUAAAAAUAUUUAUUUUUAUAUUUUUCAAAAAAUAAAUAAAAAAGAUUAAUUUUGAUAAUGAUAAUUAAGAAUUUCUAGUUUGCACUAAAAAAGAUUUAAGAAUAUAUGAAGGAAAAACAGGAAAAAUAUAAAAGCUAGUAAAAGGAUUAGUCGAAACUGAGGAAAAUAAUGAACUUACAUAAAUUUUAUUUAUAAAUAAUUACACAUAAUAUAUAACAGGAGAUGAGAAAGGAUAAAUAAGUAUAUAUUUCAAGGAUAGUCCUAUAAAUAAAAUAGUAUUUUAUUUUUAUUUAUUUUUUAAAAAAAAGAAUUAAAUAAAAAUAGAAAUUAAUUUCUCAUACAUAAGAAAUAUCCUAACUAAAAUUUGA